CACACAAACAUAGCUCUAUGCCAACUGACGUUGCCUUGUGUGGCGCAUUUGAUAUUCUCUCUGGGUUGCAGUAUCGAUUGCAAGAGCUCGACUAAUCUAUUUAUUAAAUGUAGACGCGUAAAUAUGCUUCUGUUUAUGGCAUCUGGCGAACCGUUCAUUGAUUUCGAUGCCGCUAGUUGUGAGGUAUUCACCUUUCGUUACACGUUCACAUUGGCAGUGUGGGCUUUGUAACACCUAGAACAGUUGUGGCACAGUUGCUCGCAAUUGUAUAUAAGAAGUUGUGUUCGUGCACUUUACGUGUCGUGUUUAUUGUUAUGACCCACUGUGUUUAGCUUGUUAUUUGUUGUAGGCUUUCUUUUAACUCCGUUCUAUCGACCACAUUGCGGUGGCGGUUACACGCCCUCUACAACCAUUCGCCUGCACCAAGUGACCUACAUAUAUAUAUAUAUAUAAUUAAGUGAGUGCACUUAUGAGUUUAUGUUUCAAGCAAUUUGUUGUUUGUGUGAAUAAUGAGGCAAGCAUUUUAUUUUGCUCAUAAAACUUAAGUAAAAGUUCUCCAGAGCUAUUUACUAGCUCUUCGCAAGAUGCACUUCUUUGUGCAGUUUUCAUUGCCUCAUUGAGUUCGCCGUGCCAACCAUACUCGUAGCAGUACGGCUGUUAGUAGCUCUGAAAGAUGCACUUUGAUGCCGAGACUCCAUGCUUCUAUGUUUUAUUACCUUCGCAUUGUAAUAAAGCAGGCACUUGUGAACUUAGAACAACAACUUAAAUUCACUUUGUGUAAAUAUAUUAGAGUAGGCAAUCAAAGAAAGAUCCAUAUAAAAGUAGUGUAAUCAAUAAGAUCUAAGUAAAGAGAAAGCCACAACAGUCAUGCUGCACUUAAGUAGUUUUCCAGCUGAUAAAAGUGCCGUAGUUAUUGGAUUAUUACCUAUACUUUUAGUACUGAGUUAAUAUUAAACAGAAAAAUCAUUUAGUGGCAGAUUUAUCAGAUUUUUCGAAAGGCAUUUUCAAACACUGCGUGUCUGCUGAAAACACAAACGUUUUGAUUACCAAACUUUGUAUAACAAUAUUCUGGACGAUAUGGACGAUAACACUCUAGCUCUGAAAGUUUUCGACGCAGUACCCACCAGGGAAACAGAGGAAGAGAAAGACCUCCACUCCGUUGGAAAGACCUGGUGGAGAAGGACCUGGCUUUGCUUGGAAUUUCCAAUUUGCGCCACAUUGCGAAAGGAAGAAACGAUUGGCGUGCUGCUGUUAACCCGGCUAUAACGGCGUAAUCGGUGUCUACGCUUGUAAAGAAGAAGAGGCAUUUAAUAUCAUGGAAGAAGUCAAAAUAAAACAUUUGCCGUAUCUGAAGAAUUAAAAUUUGUAUAUUUGUUAACAUUGAGAUACUUUAAUUAUAUUAUAUUAAUUUGUAUUAUCUCUCAUAGUUCGCGGGUGUUCUUCUACCCUCUCACUAACGAUCUACAAGCUAAACUCUCUAUUUCCUUUUCUCUAUGCUUAUAUACGAUUUUCCUAUUCACAUCUCACGAAAAUGAGAGGAAAAUUCCUAGCAAACACAGAUUUUCACGGCGCUUUUCGCUAACCAGCCGCCUGUUUGACGUUUUUUCACUUGUGAAGCCGAUCGAGCGGACAGUUGGCUGGUUAGUUGUGUUCGUGCCGUGGUGUUGUUGAGAACGUUUUCAUGUCCGUGCUGUGCGCCGUCUUGCGUGUUUAUGCGUUUUGUGCGAUCUCAAAUCAAAAAUCUUUAUUAUAACUAUAUAUCCUUUUAUGAAUGUGAAUAAAUGUGGUUCCGAAACGGUUUUAAGAAACCUUUGAAACAACGACAAAAUUCGUGAGUGAACGUGAAUCAAUGUUAUUCAAACGAAAUUUGAAAAGAGUGAAAGUAGAAGUCACAUGCUGACUGAAAUAACGGACAAAGUUCAAUAUACAAAUGUGUGAUAGCCGUGGACCACCUGUGAUUUUCCUCCCGCAAUCAUGAGUGAUACCGGUGAUCGCGAUCCGCCGGGUAAAACACCACCCGAAACAGCUAGCAACGGUAAACCACAAAGUGGUGAAACGCAAGAUCCGUCUCGACAAUAUCAACGGCGUCCGCAAGCCGCAGUUAAUCCUCCAGCUGCGACUGUAUUGCCACCACAACCGCACGAGUUGACUGCCGAGUGGACGGUUCGUGCGCAGCUAACUUUCGCUCGUGCCGGCGAAAAAGUGCAGCGCGAAUUCAGCUCAAACGAUCCAGUGAAUCCUGUGCGUGUGGUGUACAAAUGGUCUGCGUUUGACUCACCACUGCCGCCGGACGAUGAUGCCGACGUUGACCUCAUGGACGAUUCUUCGUCUUCAACCUUGCACAAGCGAAACUCAUUUGCCAGUCGUGGAUCACGUCAAUCUACACCGCUAAAGACCGCACAACACACCCGUCGUUGGCAACAGCAGCCACACGAAAGCUUCCGUUCGACAACCUCAUCAACCAAUGCCGACCUAGGUGGAGGCGAUUCGGCAUUCAGCGGCUCCAAUACUUCUAAACAACGCCAACGACCCUACCAGCGACAAACUCCAACCGCAAGCGCCACUGGUCCGAAUACAAUGGGCGCUAUUUACGGUACGCGCUGCCGCAGUACGUGCAACAUUGUCGUCUCGGCCGUUGCGGACUUUCUGCCCACAAAUCAGGCGACUAGCGAAGGCGCGACGUCCACACAAACAACGACAAAUGAAGACUUCAUGAUGAGCAGUGGGUCCGGAUUAGGAGGCGCGACAACACAUGUCAAAGCAUCAGCGACAGACUUCAUUCCGGAAGAGGAGGCUGAUCCAUUUGUAUUCAAUACAACGGCGUCGUACACUGUUUUACCUCAAGCGUCCAUCGAUUCUACCAUCUCCACCGGCUCGAAGAAUUUCACCACAAUUGGUAAAGUACUGGCUCUUCGUGACGCUUUCUCACAGACAAGCGAUACGGAGACGAAAUAUUUUGAAGAGCGUGAACGUGAAUACGAACGACGCCGGUAUGCUAAUAGCCGUAGUCCGAUUGAUCGUCGAAUAAGGCAGCAUCAUCAGCAUCAACAGAAGGAGCAAAAGUCAUAUGAAAGUCGUCGUGCCACUACGGAAGGUUUACUCCUGUCGCCUAGCGGUCAUUCUGGUGGCGGUGAUUCCUAUGUGGACGAGGCAAACUCAUUUAUGCCUUCGUUCUUAACUUCCCCAUCACAUACGUUCAAGUCUGCCUCUAUGCCGCGUAUACCAACAGUGCCGGAACAGACACGCUCCCAACAGGAGCAGCAACAACAAACACUUGCCUCUAAGCAAAAGUCAAAUUCAAGUGAACCACUGAAGAAACCGCGAACGGUACACAUUGACGUCUAUUGCACGGGAUCUGAAGAUGAAGAAGAGGAAGAGGAGGGAGCUGAAGGAGAAGAUGAGGGCGAUCAUGCUGAUGCCGAAGCAUCCGCUAGUUCAAACGACGAAGAUGAGAAUGCAAGUAAACGUUAUGAAUUGGAAUCAAAUUCCACGCCUCAAACCGUUUUUGACAAUGAACAGCUGUUGCUGAAACACAAGCGCAUUACGGGACAAACGCUACCACGGCGUUUACAACAACCAUCUACACGCGUCGAUACCCAAACCACAAAAUCGCCGAAAUCGCCGAAAACGGAAAGCACAGCUGACUUGAGCCUGGGACAUGCCAUAACCAAGUCCAGCACUGCUGAGGAGGUAUCUGAAUCCAAGCAAUUACUAUUUCGGAAACACAUUGGCGAUCAACGUGCCGCCAAAUUGGCAGUACUACGUCAAAAGUAUAUGCGUCAAUCAAGUGAUGAUGCUAUCAGCUCAAACUAUCCGAACUCAUCGCGUUCUACGGUGCGCGACGCCACAUGUAGUAGCAUUGCCUCGAGCGUAGUCACACCAUCCCAAGCUGAAUGUCCCGACUCACCGUGGAAGGACUCUGAGGAUCCAGAAGAAAUAUACUCACUUGCGAAGUCGGACAGUUUUGAAUAUGAAAAUACAACCGAUCGCUUGCGCAUAAAGCAGAUGGAGCGGUUCUGGUCACGCACAUCCUCUAUGGAUGAGCCAAGCGCUCAACGGCAAAUGUUAUCAGGCUCUCCAGUACGUGGUCAUAUGCAAGGAGCUUUCUUACAACCCAUAUCGGAAGUUAGCUCACAACGAACCUCACCUUUUAAGACGCCUUUCACACGCUAUGACACUUUGCCUUCCGAAUCCGAAAUCUUUUCGGAAGCAUCUGACAUUUACUACACAUAUCCUGGCGCAACAGCAACAACCACAACCCUGCAUUCUUCGCCUGCAUACCUGCAGCAAACAUCACACUUUCCUCGCAAUCGUCCCGGAUUUUUGCAGUUUUUCGGCCCAUCUACCUCACCGAAUCAACAACAACAAACAUAUGUUUCCUCUCAGUCGCCAAACACUGCACGCGAGGUGACAUCACCACCGCACGCCCAAUUGUUGUACACAGGCUAUCAACCGUUCCUACAGCGUUGGAAGAGCGAGACGCGUGAUAAUCUCUCCACACACGACACCUCGUCGCCUGCAGAUCACAGUAGCUGUGCUGGAUCACCGCCGCUGACGUCACGACAAAUUUCGCCAGCAUUUCAAAGAAGUGGCAGUGAAGCGCCGCCAACCACAUCUUCAGCGGCGACAUUCCAUCAGUCGCCAAUAACUGCGCGACGUUUCGAAAUGAAACACGAAAGCUCUGCAAUAAGCGAAGCUUCUACAACCCACUCCGGCUACACGCCCGAGCACUUGUUAAAGGCGAAGAAAUUCGGCACUGUAGUAAGUGCAGCGCGUAAACCGGGUCAUCAUGUGGGACCAACAAAGAACCCGAGUUGUGCUUGUGAGAGCUGUCAGCGUUGGCUUGCCGAACGCUUUCAGGUACGCGGACGUGCUUUCUCUUUGGGAGAGCGCCCCAUAUUGCGGCGUCCCACUUGAGGGACUGGAUAUCAUAAAUUAAGAAUGAAUGCUCACUGCCAUAUAUUAAAUUAAGGUUUAAAUAUAACUGAACUUCAAACCCAAUAUUAAAUUGCAUUUAUGUGACAUAAAUGAAUACAGAAAACGUAACGAUUAGGUCUGGAUGUAAUGCUGAUUAACUCGUAAAAUAGUUGAGCAGCUUUCAAGCACAUUUCAACCUCAAUACAUACCAAAAUGAACUUUCAUUGAAUCCGAAAUACUAAAUACUCAUUUAUGUACCGAUUGUUUGUACCUUUAACUUAAAGAGAUUUAAGUGAAAAACUAAUAUUUGUCUAAAUGUUAAGAAUAAAAUGGAGAGACUUAUUAAAGUUUAAACAAAAUGUUCCUCAAUUUCCCAGCUGAAUUGUAAAAGUACCAAAUAAAAUCUAAAUUCUUUAUAGAAAAUAA